UUGGAUGCCAACAAUGGUGAACAGUCAUGAAACAACUAAUUCUUCUGAAAACGCAAGACUACAUGGAAGGAAAAUGUACUGGGUAGCAGUAACACUGUGUAUAAUUGCAAGUGUUGGGGGAAGAUCAGCCGGAUCAUUGUUGGGUAGAUAUUAUUUUCAUGAAGGAGGUCACAGCUAUUGGCUCAGAACACUUUUAACGUCAGUGGGUUCUCCAUUGUUAAUUCUCCCACUGCUCCUCAAUGGGCCAACACAGUAUUCUUCUUUCCCCACUCGGUCUCUCAAAAUCAAGUACCUUAGCAUAUGCACAUUACUGGGCAUUUUGGUGGCGGCGAAUAACUUUCUCUACUCGCUGGGCUUUUACUACCUGCCCGUCUCCACCUUCUCUCUUCUCUGCGCCACACAGCUAGCCUUCACAGCAGUAUUCUCAAUCAUCUUUGUGAAACAGAGAAUAAGCCAUUACGUUAUAAAUUCAUUAGUACUCAUUACUUUGGGAGCAGUUUUACUGGGCAUUCAGGCCAAGGGUGAAAGGCCUGGAGGAGUUAAAAGUGGGGAAUACAAAUGGGGAAUUCUUUCCACCAUUUUAGGAUCCGCGCUCUAUGGGUUUAUUCAUCCCUUACUACAGUUUGUCUUCAAAAAGUUAGAGAAGAGCAGCUUUGCGAUGGUGUUGGAAACGCAGGCGUUGAUUUGCAUGGUGGCCAGCGGAGUUGCGGCGGUGGGAUUGAUGUGCAGCGGUGAGUUUAAACACAUAAGUAAAGAAGCGCACCACUUUCGGGCAGGAGAAAGGGGGUAUGUUCUUACUCUGUUAUGGUCUGCCAUAAGCUGGCAAAUGUGUGUUGUGGGAACUUACGGACUGGUUUCCAUGGUGUCUUCUUUGUUUUCCAUGGUGGUCAGCACUUUAACGCUGCCGAUUCUUCCAGUUUUAGCUCUGCUUCUGUUUGAUGACAAAAUAAAUUCGUUGAAGGUGAUCGGAAUGGUGUUAGGGAUUUGGGGAUUUGUUUCGUAUGCAUAUGGUGGGUACCAAGAGUCGAAAAAGGCUGAGGAGAUUCCAUUGCCGGCCUCGCCAGUAUAGACAGUGGCCAGAUUCGUUAACUUUCUUGUAGAAACUAGAUGAUGUAAUUAAUACGCCAUCACCGAUGUUUAAGAAUAUACAAUUAUUAUUAUGUUUUGAUAGCGAACAUUUGUUAUGGUGGCGGCCAAUACUUCAGUGUUGGCCAAUAAAACUCACUUUUUUCAACCUAAAUAGUCUAAUUAACUGCAAAUGUGCAUGUCAACUCUGUGUAAGAGACGUUUCUAAAUUUAGCAUCAACUCUCUGGCAGAUUCUCGUAGGACCCAGGAAUCGGGAUCUACAACCCAAGGAUAAAGGA